CAGAACACGUGCACUAGUAUUAACCUCAAAUAUAUUACAACAAUUCCGUUCUUCUGAAUAUUGUUGGAGUUAAAUGAAAUUGUAACGAUACUUUUCUGCAAGUGAUUAAAAUUAUUAUAUUAUUAUGGAUGCUUCCCUUAAUGAUUUUCCGCGAGGAGGGCAAAUUGUGAAGAAAAAUGAGAAACAAAAAGCUACUACUACACUAUUUGGUAAUACUGCUGUUGUAAAAACUAAAAAAAAAACUGCCACAAAGAAACAAAGACAAAAAGCUCUUGAUAAGAAAAAUGAAAAACAUGAAAACAGUAUUACACCAACAUCUUUCGAAGGAUUGUGCUAUAAGAGCAUUAAAGAUGGUAUGAUUAUUCUAGGAUGUGUUCAUAAAGUGAAUGAAAUGGCAAUUCAAGUUUCUCUGCCCGGCCGGAUCUAUGGUUAUGUUAUGGUCACAAACAUAUCGAAACCUUAUUCCAAUAACCUGCAAAAGUUUGUCGAUGAUCCCCAAUUUACAAGUGAUGAUCAUAAAACAUUGAAACAAAUGUUCAGUCCAGGUCAACUUGUAUGUGUAAAAGUUCUUGCACCUGAUGCCGCAACAAAAUUCAGUGUAAAUUUAUCUCUAGAUCCUUGUGAUACACAUAAAGAAAUAAAAUCGACUGAGAUUACUACAGGUUCUAUACAUAUGGUAGCUGUUCAAAGUAUUGAAGACCAUGGAUAUGUUGUUGAUUUUGGAAUUACACGUUGUCGAGCAUUUUUACCUAAUUCACAUGUACCACAAAAAUAUGGAAGGCUAGGUAUUGGUGAAUUAAUAUGGUGCAGCGUUUCUAAAAUUACUUCAACGCCUUUAGUAACAACUAUGGUUUUAUCAGCUUUGGAAGUAAAUAGUGCUAAAUCUGUCAUAUCUGAUGUAACAUCAUUGAAUAGUAUAUUACCUGGAAUGAGAGUUGAAGCUACUAUCGAAAAGAUUUUGAAAAAUGGUUUGCAACUGAAGUUCAUGGAUAAAUAUAUAGGUUAUGUUGGAAUCUCAUAUCUCAAGAAGUUGAAUUGCGAUACUUCAAAAUACAAUGUUGGUCAAAUUAUUGAUGCAAUUGUUUUGUAUAUAGUCCCUACCGUAAAAAUAACAUAUCUUGCUAUCAGAGAUCUAGAACCUAUUUCAACGUCUGAAAAUAUCAAAAUUGGAGAUACAAUGCAGGGCAAAGUAAUUUCAAGAUCAGCUAAAGGAAUUUAUUUAAGUCUACCUCGUCAUGCCAGGGGUUUUAUCCCUUUUAAGAGAGUGAAAACCAGCAAAGACAAUGAUCUAAGUGAGAUGUUGCUGAAAUUCACAAGAGGUACAACUCAUUGCAUUCGUAUUUUGUCUUUCGAUUUCAUGGAUAAUAGCUAUAUAUGUUCAAAUGAGAAAAACGUGUUAAAUGAAAAAAUUUUUACCAUUAAUGAUCUAACCGCGGGUCAAAUCGUUAGUGCUACGGUACAAAAUGUUAACAACAAACGGCUCAUGGUUAAAGUUGGUAAUGUUGUAGGAGUAAUAACUUCUUUGCAUGUAUCCGACUUUCCCAUACAAAAAUCUUCCAUGACAACCAGAUUUACUGUGGAUCAAACUGUUAAGUGCAAAGUAUUGGAUGUAAAUACCGAAACAGAACAAUUAUAUUUAACAAUGAAGCCUAGUUUAAUGGAAAAUACUGCUUCACUUUUGUUCAGCAUGAACGAUGCUCAAUUCAAUAAAAUAUACAAAGGUGUAGUUGUUCAAAUAAUUCCUUCUGGUUUAGUAGUAGUGUUUUUCAAUGGAUUGAAAGGUUUCUUGCCCAAACAACAAUUUGGUUUUCAAAAUGCAGGUGAUUCAAACAAAUUAUUUUUUGUAGGACAAGUUAUAGAUUGUACAAUCGUCAAAAUAGAUAAAAGUAGUUCCAGAAUGACUUUGUCAAUGAAUGCCGAAUUAAAGAACACUAAAAAGCAAAACAAUUUAGUGCAGCAAAGUAAUGACAUUGUGGAGAAAGAAAAUGUAGAACUCACAAAAAUUUCAAAACAUAAAUUGACUGAAAAUAAUAAAUCUGAAAAGCGUGAUGCUCAGCAAAUUGAUAGUGUCGUUGCAGAAAAUUCUGUUGUAAAGAAAAAACGAAAAGUUUCUACAGCCUCAAGUGAACAGGAUAAUGUAGAUUUAAAAAAAGAACAAAUGGAAGUUUCAGAUUGUGAAGAUCAAGUAAAUAAGAAUGAUACAGAAAUUAGUAUUAAAAAGAAUCACUCGCAACAAGGUUUAUUGAAAGCAAACGAUUUUUUCAAUAUGAAUGUGGAAUGUCUACGACAAAAUACAACUGCUAUUUCUUCAAGUGAAGAGUCAGAAGAUGAAAGUGAAACUAUUAAGAAGAAAGUUAAAAGUAAAGAGAAAGAAGAAACUAUACGAAAUGACGAGAAAAAAAUUCGUGAAAAUGAAUUGAAGUUUGCGGAAUCAUAUGAAAAUCCGCAAUCAGCAGACCAUUUCGAUAGGCUACUACUCGCUAAUCCUAAUGAUUCCAAGACAUGGAUAAAUUAUAUGGCAUAUCAUUUACAAGGAACAGAGAUCGAAAAGGCUAGAGCAGUUGCACGAAAGGCUUUCUCAAACAUAUCUUUUAGAGAGGAGCAGGAGAAGUUAAAUGUUUGGAUAGCAUUAUUAAAUCUUGAAAAUCGUUUUGGAACAAAGGAAACAUUUAAUGAAACAUUACAGGAAGCACUUCAAACAAAUGACGCUUAUAGCAUUCACAUGCAAGCAAUUCAGAUGUUGUCGGAAAGCUAUAAAGUGCAGGAGUUGAGUGAUUUAAUCAAUAAAGUCUUGAAAAAAUAUAGUCAUAAAUUAGAAUGUUGGUUAGAUGUAGGACGAGCUUGUUUUAAAGCUAAAUUAGUAGACAAAGCACGACAAAUCAUGCAAAAGGGUUUGAAUGUAUUAGAAAAUAAUAGACAUGUGGAUUUAUUAACUCGCUUCGCUUUUAUGGAGAAUCAGUUUGAAAACUCUGAUCGUGCACAGGCGCUUUUAGAGCAAGUUUUGACAUCCUACCCUCGAAGGAUUGAUAUUUGGUCUCAAUAUAUCGACAUGCUUAUUAAAAACUCACAAAUUGAUAUUGCCAGGGAUGUACUAAGAAGAGCUAGUUCGCUAUCAUUACCAGCUAAGAAAAUGAAGAUUAUAUUCAAGAAAUUUUUAGAUUUUGAGAAGAAAUUUGGUGAUGAAGAUGCCGUGAACAAGGUCCGGCAAAUGGCGGAAGAGUUUGUUAAGAAGGCGACAAAUUAAUAAGUUAAUAUAUUAGUUAAGAUGUAUUUUUAUGAAAUCAAAAAUCAACUAUAAAUAAAAUGUAAACUAAAAUUAAAUUACAAGACUUUCACUUACUUGUUCAUAUGUUUAAUGCUCUUUACAUAUAUAAUUGUCAUCUAGAGUCCAUGUGGCAAAGUAAAUCACUUGUUAGUAAGAUAUGCCCAUAUCAUUCGAAUCGUAUUUCAUAUCGUAUAUAUUACUAUAAUCAGUACCUGAAAAAUUGUUAUUCAUUAUUUUAUUUUUAAUCACUUCUCAUUUUCACACUUUUAUGUAUACAAAG